GCGGUCGGCUCGCGGCGGUCAGCGCCGUCCCACACGCUGCAGCAACGGACCGCCUCCCCGCUCGCCUCUGUCUUUGUCGUCUCGCUGGUCAUCCCCGCCGGCGGCGUGCUGCAGCUCGUCCUCUACUUUGGAGUCCUCGCCGCGGCGGCGUCUGGGCCGGCGCACCAGCUGCUGCGCGCCUUCACCGCCCCGGAGACGAGCGACGCGUGGCGGAACGGCCGCUUCAAGAUCAUCCCCGGCGUCGAGGCGGGCCCUUGGAUCGUGCGCAAGGCGCGGCACCUCGCCGUCGACCUCGCCUUCCUCAUCGAGCCGCAGAGCGCGUCCGAGCUCGCCGAGCGCGUGCUCGGCUGCGUCCGCAUCUCGCAUGUCUCGCUCGCAAACGGUCUCAUACCGGCAUAUUGCGGCACGGAGGGCGAGGACGAGUGA